GUAAAUCCAUUUCAGAACUAAAACAUCCAUUUAUGAUUCGGGCACAACAUCGACCCAAAUUAAUCCCAAACGAAGUCUGCAACAUACAUUGUAUCAAUUGCAAUGAGUUCACCGAAGUUUAUGUAACAUUCAACUCUUUAGGAACAUAUUUGGUGUCGGUCGUUGUGAGUUGAAAUUAUCUUUGUGGGGUUUAGAGUAAUGCGGUUUCGUUACUACGCAGGCUAGCUGUUUGAUGAAAUGAGUAAAUGGGUCUGCCAUCCGUUCAGUAAAGCUCUCUGCGCGAAAAUAUCGAAAAGCUGCUAGUUUUUUAUGGGGUUUCGUCUCUGUAGAAUCAAAAUGGAUUGGAACGUUGUGCGAAGGAUUUGGGAGAAAUGGGCAGCGAACAACAUAGGCCCUUCAGAGAAAGAUUUGAAGGCUGCUCUAUUGAUCAACUAUGAUCCCACCGGACCUUCUCGUCUUGUAUCCACCAUUGCGGAGCAAGAGGGGAUCAAAGCAGAUCCGAUUGAGAUCAGUCAGUUUAUCGGUUUUGUCAAGAGAAACAAGCUUCAGAUGGAGACCUUCUUCAUCGGGCCAAACCAAUAUCUUGUGACCUCGAUUCAUGAGAGCUGGUUCUGUGCGAGGAGCUUGAACUCUUCAAAGCAGGCCGGUGAAGGCGCUAUCGUGAUGCAGACAUCAGCAUUCCUCUUGGUUGGACUAUACGAUGGCUCGAUUGGAGCAGCGUCGCGUGCAAUGAUGGCUGUUGAUCAAUUCGCAGGGCAGCUAUGUCGAAGAAACUACUGAUUUUGUUGAAGCAUCUUUCAUGAAACAGAGCAUCUGUGUCAUAUAAAUAUAUAAAAUUCUGGUAUCAUCACUGUAGCAGACAAUGAAUACAUUUACUGCUUUACAUCCCAAAAACAGUGUUCCUCUGCUUUUGUUUA